AUGUCAAAGUGUAAGGAAUUGGAGGAGAUCAUUGCCAAGGAUGGUGAUGACAAGAAUCAGAUAUUGUCAGAAACUCAUCUCCAAUCUUUAUGCUUCUCAAGUUUGUGUGAAAUUGAGGUCAGAGAAUGCAACAAGUUGAAGAGUCUCUUUCCAGUCAUCACCGUGGCAGGACUUCCACAACUACAAUAUCUCAAAGUAAGAGACGCUCCUCAAUUGACGAACGUAUUUGGACAGGAUGAUAAAGCCUCAUAUGUCAAUGUUGAGAAAGAGAUUGUGGUCCCUAAUCUGCUGGAGUUGUGGCUAAAAGAUUUACCAAGCAUCGUUUAUGGUGGGAAAUUGUGUGCUAACAAUCAAAAUGCAGAGCCCAUUGAAGAUGCAAGGAAACAAAUGUAUGUUGCAAUCAAAAACCUCCAAGCUUCUUGUAUGCUGUUGGGCACUGAAAGGGAAGAAAAUGUGAAAAUGCAUGACUUAAUUCAUGAUGUUGCUAUUCAAAUAGCAUCAUCAAAAGGAUUUGGUUUCGUAGUAAAGGCUGGCAUUGGGUUAAAGGAGUGGCGAGGGAGUUUUGAAAGCUUUGUAGGUUGUUCAGUUAUUUCGUUAAUCGGCAAAAUACACUAG